AUGGGUGGAAAGGUCUGGACGUUCCCGGAAGAGAAGUACUUCUGGCGUGUCGCCGUGGCAAGCUCGCCGAAGCGUGCCGGCAUUGACCGGGCCAAGGCCGAGAAGCCUUGGGACCAGCUCGCUAGUGAAAUGCAGCGAGCCAUGGGCCACAAGGCCAAACGUACCUAUAGCGGUACUAUGCUCUUUGAGCACUAUUUCCAGAAUGUAGAAAGUCAGCGGUGGUCUCCGCAUGCAGCCCAAUUUGUCAAUGAGCACCUGGGCAAGCUCGGCCAGGCCGGUCGACGAGGACGUGGUGGCCGGUCCCGUGCUGCCACCAUGCAGCGACCCAUAGCGGCUCUCAACGCCGCCAUCACUGCGCAGACUGCUGCGAUCACCGGCAACACUGUCACCCACACUGCCCAGGCGGUUGCCCUCACCACUGCGGCUGCCCGAGCCCGCGCUGACAUUGCCGCUACGUCUGCUGCCCUUACCACUGCCGCUGCCCGAGCCCGAGCUGACGCGGCCGCUCAGGCGGUCAUGUCACUCAGCCGACCGGUCGCCCCUCGUGGUCCGCGCUUCUUCAACGCGGGCGGCGGAUCUAUCACCUUUGGAUCCAACGUGUCCUUCCAGUUCGGGCCCACUGGCACCCCGACUGUGACCUCGAGAGCCCCCCCUACGAGCACCAAGUCCGAGGAACCUUGCCUCUUCGUCGAGGAUGACGAGAAGGCCGAGGAAGAUAUGAAGGACGAGAAGACCGAGGAGGAAGACCUCGAGGAUGAGGAUGCCGACGUUCGCAUCUACGCCACUCGCAAGGUGGCCUCCAAGCAGGGACGUGGCGGAGCUCGUGACCAGUAG